UCUGAUUUCGAUCCAAGUAGUCUACUUGGUAGGUGCACACAACAUUACUCGUCACUGCUGUUUGAAAUUGCAAUAGAGAAGCAAGAAGAAAUUUCACUCAGCACCAAGAUGAACCGAACGAACGUUACAUCCUGGAUUCCGACUGGCUUGAGGGUUCCGAGAGGCUAUCGGGCCACCCAAGCAAAUGGAGGUAGAGCGGAAUCGGGAGGGAAAGUUCGUUUUCCACCCAAGACAAUUCCAACCGCGAACGAGAUAUAUCCUGAAGAGGGCAUGAUCGAGGACGAAGAUUUUCCGCCGCUGUUCCAUGAUGACAUCGAGGAUACUGGAGAUGACGUGUACGACUGGGAGCCGAUAGACAUUUCCGAGGUCGACGAGAUAUAUUUUCGGAAGAUGAAGGCUGAAUCGGAGCUUCAAAAAAUGAUGGCGGAAAACACCAGAUUGCGGCAGGAGAAUCAACGUCUUAAAACAGCAGCGAAAGGGGUAAGACUUUUUAAGUAUUGUUGUUUUAAAAUGCUACUAGUUGUUGCAGGAGAAGUGGCGCAGUCGCUCUUUAUUUAAAUCUUUUAUUAUACACGUAAUUAGGAAGCGUUCAGUGUUUUUGUGUGUUAUCUUCAAUUUUUGUUAUUUCAAGUUGUUCCGUUGUAUUUAUUGCAUUUGUUCUGUUGUUGUCUUCAUUUGUUUUGUUGAGUUUAGUUGCGUUUUUGUUACUAUUCCGUGUUGUAGAAUUUAUUGUUGUGCUGUGAGUUUUGUUUGAUAUAUUUUUGAUGUUUUAGUUUUUCUGUAAUAUUUGGAUGUUUCUCAGUAGUAUUUAGAUUUAUUUUAUUUAUACCGUUAUUGUUUUCCGUAUUCUGUUGGAUUUUCUUAUGUUACUUUGAGUUUCAGAGUUGUUAUUUUUUUACACUACUGAUUUUUCUAUUAUUUGAUUGUUCUAUUGUUUUCCGCUGUAGAUAUUAUUAAUAUUUUUUUCUUUCUUACAUUGCAUCAAAUACAUGAGAGCUAUCGAGGGGAAUCUCCUGACCUUGGCCUGAAUUGCGAGCCUACAACACUGAGAAAUGACUAUGAGUAGGUUACACAAGGAGUG